AUGUUGUUCGUGGAGUGCAACGGAACCCCUUACGAAAUCGGCUACCAACAUGGUCAAGCUGCCAAGCUACAGAUAGCCCGCUGCAUCGAGUUCUAUGCUUGUCUCUUCCUCAAGAACUGCAAGCAAAGAUGGCCGCAGGUUCUCCAACACGCGUCAAAGUUUGAACAGCGAGCGAAAGCGCAAUGGCCGAAUUUCCAUACAGAGAUGCAAGGCAUCGCCGACGGCUCGGGACGCGAUUUGUUAGAUAUCGUGGCCAUUAAUGUCAGAACUGAGAUUAACUUUGGUUUAUUCAGCGAUGGCUGCACUGCACUCGCAUGGCAUACCCAAAAUCGGGCAUGGCUGGCGCAGAAUUGGGACUGGAUGACCGAGCAGCAACAGAAUCUGAUUGUCACCAAGAUUACGCAAGCUACCAAACCCACUAUAGUCCAGGUAACGGAAGCAGGGAUAAUCGGAAAAAUCGGCUUCAAUAGCAGUGGCGUAGGUACACUGUUCAAUGCCAUAAAAGUCCAUGGCGUCGACUCUAUCCGAAUGCCUGCCCACUUCGGCCUAAGAAUGGCAUUGGAAAGCGAAAGCGUCGAUGAGGCUGUCCACAAGCUUGAGAGUUUUGGCAUGGCCUCUUCAGCCCACAUCCUGAUAGGUGACCCAAGCAAGUCUCUAGGUCUGGAGUUCACAAAGAGCACUUUCGCCCACGUACUACCAGACUCCGGUUCGAGAGUCAUUCACACGAACCAUUUGCUUCUAGAGCACCCUGGCGAGACCGAUACUGUGUGGCUCAAAGAUUCCUUGGACCGGGUUCGCACAAUGACUGAGAAUGCCGGAGCAUUAGGUGAAGAACCGAGCUGGGAAAGUGUGAGUCGAUUGUUCGAAGACGAACAAAAUGCCCCAGGGGCAAUAUGUAGGGUCGAAACCGAGCAGAGUGGAAGUGGCACGUUGUUCAAUAUCGUGAUAGAUUUGAAAAGCAAGAAAGCCGUAGUGAAACUUGGCAGGCCUACAGAAGUACAGGAGAUCGUCAACCUAGAGCUAUGA